CCAACACAUGUGUUUUUUUUGUAGAACUCGGCCCCGUUUGGCGAUUGGAGACAUGUUUGGCGGGUCCACCUGUUUUGGCAUGCUCCGAAACGGAGCAGCAGUAGCCUAGCUUCCAUCAAACAAUUGUGUAAAGAAGUGAAUGAGUGAGUGACAGUAACUCCAUAGCUAGAGGAGACAAACACCAUAUAUCUACAAUCUACCUAUCCCUGAGAGAAUUGAAGAAGAAAACCAAAGAGAGAUCAAAAUAACAACCAGAAUGCAGCUUCACAUGAUCUCGCCGAGCUGCCUGAAGCAGGCACGGCUUCUUCCUCCGGCUUCUAGAGGGGUGAAGGAGUUCAUGGGAGCGAAGGUCGUUGGGGCUGCGGGGCCCACCCGAGUGUCGUACCGUGUCCUCGCCACGCUCUGCCUCCUCGCCGCUUUCGUGCUCUUCAGGUUGCCUGGGGAGGAAAAUAGGGAGGAUACUACACCACCCUAUUCAUGAUGAAUCAAACCCAAAGGUCCCACAAGUGAUAUACCAAGUAUUGGAAGAGCCAAUGGAUCAAAUACUUGGGACACAAAUGAGGCAUCAAAGUCCUCUAACACUUGAAGACUUCAUUGCUGAAUACAAAGGUGAUGAUGAUGCCAAGACCUUUGCACUCAAGCUCAAAGCCAUGGUGACUCGGCUCGAGGAGACGACACGAGCCGCGAAAAUCCAGGAGUACCUGUACCGCCACGUGGCGUCAAACAGCAUACCCAAGGAGCUGAACUGCAUUCUCCUGACCCUGGCAAACGAGCACUCGACGAACUCCAAGGCCCGCCGCCAGCUCCCGUCGCCGGAGCUCGUCCCCGCCCUCGUCGACCCCACCUCCCCCUUCCUCCACUUCGUGGUAGCAUCCGACAACGUGGUCGCCGCUGCUGUGGUGGCGUCGUCGCUGGUGAGGAACUCGCUCCGCCCUCACAGGAUUGUGCUCCACGUCAUCACGGACCGGAAGACGUACUCCGCCAUGCAUGCAUGGUUCUCCUUGCACCCCCUCCACCCUGCCAUCAUUGAGGUGAAAGGGCUACACCACUUCGAUUGGUUGACGAAGGGGAAAGUGCCCAUAUUAGAAGCAAUGGAGAAAGACGAGAGAGCAAGAUCGGGUUUCAGGGGCGGUUCUUCCGCUAUCAUGGCUAACAACAACAACAACAACAACAAUAAGAACAAGGCGGAGCGGCCUAAGGUGGUCGCCGCCAAACUGCAAGCCCUCAGUCCCAAGUACAACUCCCCCAUGAAUCACAUUCGAAUCUAUUUGCCACAGUUGUUCCCGAGUCUAAACAAAGUCGUGUUCUUGGACGAUGACAUUGUCGUUCAAACCGACAUGUCGCCUCUGUGGGAGAUUGACAUGGCCGGGAAGGUGAAUGGAGCAGUGGAAACUUGCAGAGGGGAUGACAAGUUUGUGAUGUCCAAACGCUUCAAGAACUACUUGAAUUUUUCUCAUCCACUCAUAGAAAAUAGCUUUGAUCCUGAUGAAUGUGCAUGGGCUUAUGGCAUGAACAUCUUUGAUCUUGAGGCUUGGAGAAGAACAAAUAUAACCCAAACUUAUCACUACUGGUUGGAAGAGAACUUGAAAUCGGAGUUGAGUUUAUGGCAACUAGGUACACUACCCCCGGGUCUAAUCGCAUUCCGGGGACACGUGCACGCCAUCGACCCCUUCUGGCACAUGCUCGGGCUCGGCUACCAGCAAAACACAAGCAUUGCACAAGCUGAAAGGGCCGGCGUCAUCCACUUCAAUGGCAGAGCCAAACCAUGGCUAGACAUUGCAUUCCCAGAGCUCAGACCAUUGUGGACAAAGUACCUUGACUUCUCUGAUACCUUCAUCCAAAGAUGUCAUUUUAGAAGAACUCCAUGAAAGGCCAUUCUUAUUAUGACCUGAAACCUUUUUCUCUCUUUUUGCAGCACAUUUCUCUAUUGGGUAUAUAUAGAAUUAUCAUCUUAGAAUGUCUCCUAUUUCCCUCCAGAAUACAGAAUCUUGUUUAAA